CGAUGGGGAGCUGGGCGGGGCCUUACCGGCGCCGUCAAGUAUCCCGGGGAACGGCCGGCGCCGCUGGGAGCGGGUGGGCGGCCGGGAGGCCGGAGCCGCGCGGCCGCUGGACCCGAAGCGCCGGCCGCGUCUUUCCGCAGCGCUGCCCGCCAUGCGCUCGCUGCUCUGGGCCGCACUGGGGCUCCUGCUGCUGCUGCUGCCCGCGCCGGAGGCCACCAGGAAGCCGACACCCUGCAAGCGGUGCCAGGGGCUGGUGGACAAGUUCAACCAGGGAAUGGUGGACACCGCAAAGAAGAACUUCGGCGGCGGGAACACGGCUUGGGAGGAAAAGACACUGUCCAAGUAUGAAUUCAGCGAGAUCCGCCUCGUGGAGAUUGUGGAGAGUCUGUGUGAGAGCAGCGACUUCGAGUGCAAUCAGAUGGUGGAGGAGCAUGAGGAGCAUCUAGAGGCCUGGUGGUUGCAGCUGAAGAAUGAGUAUCCAGACUUAUUUGAAUGGUUUUGUGUGAAAACGCUGAAAGUGUGCUGUUCUCCAGGGACCUAUGGGCCGGACUGUCUUGCAUGCCAGGGUGGGUCCAAGAGGCCCUGCAGUGGGAAUGGCCAGUGCAGCGGAGAUGGCAGCAGACAAGGGGAUGGGUCCUGCCGGUGCCAUAUGGGUUACCAGGGGCCGCUGUGCAUCGACUGCAUGGAUGGCUACUUCAGCUCACUCCGGAAUGAGACCCACAGCAUAUGCACAGCCUGUGAUGAGUCCUGCAAGACGUGCUCGGGCCCGACCAGCAGAGACUGUGGCGAGUGCGAAGUGGGCUGGGUGCUUGUGGAGGAUGCCUGCAUGGAUGUGAAUGAGUGUGCAGCAGAGAUACCUCCCUGCAACAACACACAGUAUUGUGAGAAUGUCAAUGGCUCAUACACGUGUGAAGAAUGUGAUUCUACCUGUGUGGGCUGCAUAGGAAAAGGCCCAGAAAAGUGUAAAGAGUGUAUCCCUGGCUACACAAAAGAAAGUGGACAGUGUACAGAUAUAGAUGAGUGCUCACUAGCAGAAAAAGUAUGUACAAGGGAAAAUGAAAACUGCUACAAUACUCCAGGGAGUUACGUCUGCGUGUGUCCUGAUGGCUUCGAAGAAACAGAUGACGCUUGUGUGCCGACGGCAGGGGGCGAAGCUGUAGAGGAAAACCCAACACAGCCACCCUCCCGUGAGGACUUGUAACAUGCAUCCAGAGUCAGAAGCCGGACUUGCCCUUUAAGUUAUUCAGAAUGACAUUGUCUCCGUUGCUGCAAAUGGUCGGUUGGAGGGAGAAGCUGCCUUUUUUGAAACAGUUGAUACUCAUUUGGCCCUUUAAAAAGCUGCAUUUCUUGGUUGUUCUUUAAAAGACUUGUAUAUUUUGAUACAGUUCUUUAUAAUAAAAUUGACCAUUGGAGGUAGUCAUAAAUUGAA